AUGGCUCACUCAGAUUAUAUAGAGACCGACGUGCCCGGCACGGUUUAUUUGGUUGACACAUCUCGCAAUCUACGAGAUGCUGCUCACGCUGGGCGGCAGGAAAUUCUUCUGAUUCCUCAACCCUCCAAGUCACCCGCAGACCCUUUGAACUGGACACGCGUGAAAAAGUUCUGGUCGUUGUUCCUCAUCUCCUUCUAUGCCUGUGUCUUCUCCUUUGGCGAGAAUAAUAAUGGCGCAAGUUGGACAAUGAUAUCAUCCGACACAGGAGUCACACUCAACAACAUGAACGGUGCAUCUGCUCUGAACUACCUGCUGCUUGGAUUUUUCAACAUAAUCUGGAUCCCGUCCGCCAUGAAAUUCGGCCGCAAAAUUGUCUACAUUCUGAGCUUGCUGAUCCUACUUGGUGGCUCGGUUUGGGGUAAAUUCUAUCACGGGACGGCUCAGUACUAUAUUAUGCUUGCAGUUCAGGGGGUUGGCACCGCGGCAUAUCAGGCAUUAAUCCAACUUACUAUCUUUGACAUGUUUUUCGCUCACGAGCGUGGUCGAAUGGUCUCGUUAUACAUAUUUUUCCAGCAGCUCGGAUCAAUCCUAGGUUUGAUCUUGGGUGGAUACAUUGCCGAUGGCAUUGGGUGGCGUUGGAGCCAGCCCAUUGUAGCCAUUACAUGCGGUGUUUUGAUACUGCUCUUUAUCUUCACCUUUGAUGAUACUAUGUUUCCCCGAUAUCGAUUCAACAAUAUUCUCGGCUUAGUCCCUACGGAUGCACCUGUCAAUGGCUUAGAUAAGCCAGAGAAGCACCGAAGGGUUGGGUCACCGGUAUCUACUACUGUAAGCAAUAUUUCAGAAGAACAAUUACCCGCACGGACAUUCCGGCAAAAGGUCACACUAGUUCAUUACUUCCCAGACGAUCAAACUACAUGGCUUCAGUAUUUCCGACGGCCAUUUUACCUUUUUGCAUUCCCUAAUAUCGUACUCGGUGGGAUUCAGUUCGCAUUUGGAUGCACAGCUGGUAUUGUGUCUUUCAACACCAUCUCCGAGAUCAUGACUGAGGCUCCAUAUAACUGGAGCGCGGGGUCUACCGGGCUGCUAUUUCUGUCUGCUCUUAUUGGGAACUUCCUUGGAAUGGGCGUUGGCUCUCUUUCCGAUUGGCUUGUCUUAGUGCUCUCUCGCCGAAACAAGGGGUACAAAGAGCCCGAAAUGCGCAUCUGGGCCUAUAUCUUUCCCUUCAUAUUUGGUGCUGUGGGAUACUUCACGUACGGAUGGGCUGCUACAAAUGGUGAACAUUGGAUCGCAGUUGCUGUAGCUCUGUGCUGCCUCAUUGCCCAACAGGUGUCGAUAACGAGUCUGGCAACGACAUAUGCAAUGGAAUGCUUCGAUGGGAUCUCUGGUGAACUUGUCGUGGUGCUUGCUAUAUGCUCGUCACUGAUCAAUUUCGCCAUCUCCUUCUCCGUUCAGUAUUUUAUCGAGGCGACUAACUACGGAUGGGCCUUUACUUGCUAUGGCAUGUUGGUUGUACUGUCUGUGUUGAUGAGUAUUCCUAUGAUUAUUUGGGGAAAGACAUGGCGUCGCAAGUGCAAGGGAAGAUAUGAGCAGUUCCUGGCUGAGACCGGCCGUGAUCAUAAUCCAGCACUUUGA